AUGCCUGCUUGGUCGAAUCGACUCGCCUGCGUAGAUAUCUGGAGUCAUCUGGAGUAUAGGUUUGAUUGUUGUUUUUGCCUUUCAGAGUGGUGGAGAGGAGACAUGGCACUCCGAAGGCUGCUUCAGGGGAUUGUCCUACCGCGGACGACGGGCCGGCAUGUUGGGGCAUCGUUUUCCACGGAGGCUGGGGAGACUAUCCGCGCAACCCUGUUUCCCGGUGAUGGCAUCGGGCCUGAGAUCGCCGAGUCGGUCAAGCAGGUAUUCAAUGUUGCAGGUGUACCUAUAGAAUGGGAAGAACAUUAUGUUGGUACGGAAGUUGAUCCCAGAACAGAGAGCUUUUUGACAUGGGAGAGCCUGGAGUCGGUGCGUAGAAACAAAGUUGGCUUGAAAGGUCCUAUGGCUACACCUAUUGGAAAAGGCCACCGUUCUUUGAAUCUUACAUUAAGGAAAGAACUCGGACUCUACGCCAAUGUCAGGCCUUGCAACAGCCUCCCAGGCUACAAGACUAGAUAUGAUGAUGUGAACCUUGUGACAAUCCGUGAAAAUACUGAAGGAGAGUAUAGUGGCCUUGAGCAUCAGGUUGUGAGGGGUGUUGUGGAAAGUUUGAAAAUUAUUACCCGCCAAGCAAGUUUGAGAGUGGCAGAGUAUGCUUUCCAUUAUGCCAAAGCCAAUGGCAGGGAGAGGGUCUCUGCGAUACAUAAAGCUAAUAUCAUGAGGAAAACAGACGGACUUUUCCUCAAGUGUUGCCGUGAAGUAGCUGAGAAGUACCCUGAAAUCACAUAUGAGGAAGUCAUCAUUGACAAUUGCUGCAUGACACUCGUGAAGAAUCCUGGUACAUUUGAUGUAUUAGUGAUGCCAAAUCUGUAUGGUGACAUUAUUAGUGAUCUAUGUGCUGGUUUGAUCGGAGGCUUGGGCUUAACUCCCAGCUGCAACAUUGGUGAAGGUGGCAUUUGUCUGGCAGAGGCUGUUCAUGGUUCUGCACCUGAUAUCUCUGGCAAGAACCUUGCAAACCCAACUGCUCUUAUGUUGAGUGCUGUUAUGAUGUUGCGCCACUUGCAAUUCAAUGACCAAGCAGACCGGAUCCACAAUGCCAUCCUCCAGACAAUUGCCGAGGGGAAGUACAGAACCGCUGAUCUUGGUGGGAAGUCAUCAACAUCAGACUACACAAAAGCAGUUUGCGAUCAUAUCUGA